ACAAUCAAUUUGUUUGUUACAGAUAACCAACAUGUCGCAAAAUGCAUCAUUUCGACCCAUGAAGUAUCCAUAUACUUUAACCGCGAAGCUGGCCCAAUUUCCUUAUAAAUAUUACUGGAACCACAGUUGGAUGUUUAAAUAUACGAUAAUUGGUGCACUCAUUGCAGUUCCUAUAUUUUAUAAAAUACAAAAAUUAUCGUAUUCUCCUGAGAAUGUUCAGAAGUGGGACAAAACCCAUAAAGAAAUGUUUGAGGGUACCGGCCAUCAUUAAAGUAAUAUAAUUGUUAGACAUAUAUUGAAUGUAACAUGUAAGAGAAAAGCAAGCUGUAAUCUUCUCUGUUACUUAAUUAGAAGAAAUAAAUCUUUAAUCAUAUAUGUAAAA